AUGCCUGGUGUACAUCGCCAAAAUAUGACCAUUGAUCAUAAACUGUUCAACCAUACACAAUAUAAUUUGUUGUUGCAUCGGUUACUUUAUUAUGCUAAACGUCGAUUAACAACAACAAAACUAGUCGAAUAUAUAUUAACAACGAUUAAGUAUCCAUACAAAGAUCCGUUGAAAAAUCAUUCGAUUCUUUAUAUCUCUCAUCCAGACUCGGAUUUUCAGAAAGACUACAUCUUACACGGUUUUACCUUGAUCUUUGAGCGAGAUGUUCACGUAUACGAACCAGCACACUAUCUAUACGAGUAUCCGGUCAACAAACAGUGGUCAGCAGGAGAAACUUUGAAUUUAGUGGCUGGGAAGUAUAAUUGUUCACAAAUUGUAUUAAUUGAUGGUGAAGAUGAACAGAGAGAUGUGAGAAGAUCGGAAUAUGCGCAAAGUGGUACUUAUUUUUUACGCGAAGUCCCCGAUGACUGCAAUGCAUUCACGUAAAAUAAGAUGUCAGGCG